AUGCAGACAAAUCACAGCAACACGGUGAUUGACUCACACAGGUAAACCAAAAUAACUUCACAAUACCUUGUCAGGUCUGGUUCAGAGGAAUGUGGUCUAGACUAUUCCAGAGUCCUGGUUCUUCACUGGGUCUCUCUUUCUAGUCUCUUCCUUACUGCAGACUGCCUGGUGAGGGAUGGUGAGGGUGUUUGACAGCUCCCCAGGUUGGGUGGUGGUUGUGCAAUGCUAACCCCAAGCAGGGGGGCCAGCAGUGAAAACCUAUCCCCCUCCGAGCUGGCCUGAGCUGGGGGCAAGGCAAAGUGCUGAUGCCUGAGCUCUGGAGGAUUCCCGUAAUCCGAGGUCAAGAUUUGGGGGGCAAAGGGAGGGGAUGAGGGGAUGGAGGAGGGACGGGUGGAGGGUAAGUGAUAAACAGGGGCGGAGGUUAAUAAUAAUAAUACACUACCGGUCAAAAGUUGUCGAACACCUACUAAUUCAAGGGUUUUUCUUUAUUUUUACUAUUUUCUACAUUGUAGAAUAAUAGUGAAGACAUCAAAACUAUGAAAUAUCACAUAUGGAAUCAUGUAGUAACCAAAAAAGUGUUAAACAAAUCAAAAUAUAUUUUAUAUUUGAGAUUCUUCAAAUAGCCACCCUUUGCCUUGAUGACAGCUUUGUACACUCUUGUCAUUCUCUCAACCAGCUUCACCUGGAAUGCUUUUCCAACAGUCUUGAAGGAGUUCCCACAUAUGCUGAGCACUUGUUGGCUGCUUUUCCUUCACUCUGCGGUCCGACUCAUCCCAAACCAUCUCAAUUUGGUUGAGGUUGGGGGAUUGUGGAGGCCAGGUCAUCUGAUGCAGCACUCCAUCACUCUCCUUCUUGGUAAAAUAGCCCUUACACAGCCUGGAGAUGUGUUGAGUCAUUGUCCUGUUGAAAAACAAAUGAUAGUCCCACUAAGCCCAAACCAGAUGGGAUGGCGUAUCGCUGCAGAAUGCUGUGGUAGCCAUGCUGGUUAAGUGUGCCUUGAAUUUACAUGUAAUUCCAUUACAUGAAAUCCAAAUAAAAAUCUGUUUAAAUUACAGGUUGUAAUGCAACAAAAUAGGAAAAAUUCCAAGGGGGAUGAAUACUUUUGCAAGGCACUGUAAGUUGAACAGAGGUAGACUGGAAAAAUACCAGGUCCUUCUUACAAGACCUUCAAACAGACAGUGGAAAUUUACAGAUUUAAGGCUCAUACAGCGCAUGUGCAUAACAAAGUUUAGCAUUAAGAACUAUUAAAGUAAUUAAUCAUUAAAUUGUUUCUGCUAUACAAGCUUAAAUAGGUUAUACAGGAUUUUUUCCUCACAGCAUUGAAAGAGCCCAUCGGCUUCCGGCUCCUACAGGCCCGAGAAACCACCUCUCUCCUCGAGUUCUUAUCAUGAAGUUUCUCAACUUUCAAGACAAAGUCAGAGUGAUGCGGAAAGCCAGGGCCAAGGGCAAGGUGAUGUACAGGGACUGAGAGAUCAUGUUCUUCCUUGACCUAUCCGUGGACCUGCACGGAAAAAGAAAAGGCUACGACAGGGUCAAACGCCAGCUCAGGUCGAUCAACAUUGCCUAUGGAAUAGCCUUCCCAGCUAAACUACGUCUGACUUACAAUGGACGGUCACACAGGUUUGAAUCUCCCUCUCAAGCCGAGGCGUUCAUCCGUGGCAUACAACGUGAAUCUUCAUCCUAGUCAUGUAAAGACCUUUAAAUAGGUCAACAUUCACAAGGCCGCAGGGCCAAACGGAUUACCAAGACAUGUACUCAGAGCAUGCGCGGACCAACUGGCAAGUGUCUUCACUGACAUUUUCAACCUCUCCCUGACCGAGUCUGUAAUACCUACAUGUUUCAAGCAGACCACCAUAGUCUCUGUGCCCAAGAAAGCGAAGGUAACCUGCCUAAAUUACUACCGCCCCGUAGCACUCACGUCGGUAGCCAUGAAGUGCUUUGAAAGGCUGGUCAUGGCUCACAUCAACACCAUCAUCCCGGAAACCCAAGACCCACUCCAAUUCGCAUACCACCCCAACAGUUCCACAGAUGACGCAAUCUCAAUCGCACUCCACACUGCCCUUUCCCACCUGGACAAAUGGAACACCUAUGUGACAAUGCUGUUCAUUGACUACAGCUCAGCGUUCAACACCAUAAUGACCACAAACCUCAUCACUAAGCUAAGGACCCUGGGACUAAACACCUCCCUCUGCAACUGGAUCCUGGACUUCCUGACGGGCCGCACCCAGGUGGUAAGGGUAGGCAACAACACAUCUCCCACGCUGAUCCUCAACACGGGGGCCCCUCAGGGGUGCGUGCUUAGUCCCCUCUUGUAUUCCCUGUUCACCCACGACUGCGUGGCCAAGCAUGACUCCAACACCAUCAUUAAGUUUGCUUACGACACAACGGUGGUAGGCCUGAUCACCGACAAUGAUGAGACAGCCUAUAGGGAGGAGGUCAGAGACCUGGCAGUGUGGUGCCAGUACCACAACCUCUCCCUCAACGUGAGCAAGACAAAGGAGAUGAUCGUGGACUACAGGAAAAGGGGUGCCGAACACGCCCCCAUUCACAUCGACGGGGCUGUAGUGGAGCGGGUCGAGAGUUUCAAGUUGGUGUCCACAUCACCAACAAACUGUCAUGGUCCAAACACACCAAGAAAGUCGUGAAGAGGCCACGACAACGCCUUUUCCCCCUCAGGAGACUGAAAAGAUUUGGCAUGGGUCCCCAGAUCCUCAAAAGGUUCUACAGCUGUACCAUCGAGAGCAUCCUGACCGGUUGCAUCGCCAACUGGUAUGGCAACUGCUCGGCAUACAGAGGGUAGUGCGUACAGCCCAGUAUAUCACUGGGGCCAAGCUUCCUACCAUCCAGGACCUAUAUACUAGGUGGUGUCCAGUCACCCAAGUCAUAGACUGUUCUCUCUGCUGAACAAUUCAUCAAAUGGCCACCCGGACUAUUUACAUUGACAUUGUUUUUACACUGCUGCUACUCGCUGUUUAUUAUCUAUGCAUAGGUCUGCACCUGUUGUAUUCGCUGCAUGUGACAAAUAACAUUUUAUUUGAUGAUGAUAAUCCCAAAUUCUUUGAGAAUGUAUUUAUAUUGAUAGUCUUCCUUCCUGGGACAGUGUAGAGACGUUGGAUGGACACUGAAUGAAGAGAGAUUUCUUUGAAGAAUACCCAUUUCUUUCCAGAAUUCGAAUGGCAGGGGAUUUUAAUUGCACUCUUGAUCCUCAUCUAGAUCGCUCCUCUGGUUUAGACACUUCCCACUCCCAGAUUAGAAAGAAAUUACAGCAUUUCAUUAAGGACUUAAAUCUAUGUGAACCUUGGAGGACUCGAGUAAAAGGGAUUAUUCAUGUUACUCGCCGACAAUUAAAUCAAAACAAAUGUCAUUUCUCACAUGCGCCGAAUACAACAGGUGUAGACCUUACAGUGAAAUGCUUACUUACAAGCCCUUAACCAACAAUGCAGUUUUAAGAAAGAAUACCAAAAACAAUUUCACAAAAAAAGACGAAAUAAUACAAAAUAAAAGUAAAAAUUAUUAAAGAGCAGCAGUAAAAAUAACAAUAUCACACUUUACAACUCUGAAUCUCCUGAGAACUUAACUAAUCAGACAUCAUUUUUGGAUGGUCUUGAUUUUCCCUCUAUUUCAGAAGACACAAAAUUGGAUCUGGAAAAGGAAUUGGAUGGUGUUGAAAUAUCUGAUGCUAUUUUCAAUAUGAAGGGAGGUAAAGUGGCAGGUCCAGAUGGGCUCCCAAUAGAUAUUUAUAAGAUAUUUAAGGACAAACUUCUAGGUCCACUAUUUGACAUGUAUGCUAAAUCCUUUCAGCAAGGUUGUUUCCCCGCUCUCUAAGGAGUGCUUUAAUCACUCUUAUUCUGAAGCCUGAUAAAUCCCCAACAAAAUGUGAAAGUUACAGACCGAUUUCUCUUCUGAACUCCGACUCAAAAAUUAUUGCUAAAGCCAGGAGAUUGGAUAGAGUGCUCCCAUAUCUAAUACAUGAAGACCAAAAUGGCUUCGUGAAAAAAAUGUGUGUACUAAACAUAGUGCACAUGUGUGAAGGGUCCCCUGAUACUGCCCUACUCUCACUUGAUGCAGAGGAGGCAUUCGACAGAGUUGAGUGGUCUUAUUUAUUUGAAGUGCUUAAGAGAUUUGGGUUUGGGAACUACUUCUGUAAAUGGAUUAAGAUAUUAUAUACCGACCCCACUGCAGAAGUUGCCACUAACAACUUGAUUUCACAAGCUUUUAAGCUUUUUCAGGGCACGAGACAAGAAUGUCCGGCCAGUCCAGGACUCUUUCUUUUAGAUAUAGAACCCUUUGCCAUUGCAGUAAGGGCCCACUCGUCAAUUAGUGAAAUUAAAACAUCAGAUUUUGAACAUCGAGUGGCCCUGUAUGCUGAUGAUACCCUCUUAUUCCUCACAGAUCAAAAGAUUUCUAUCUCUUCCCUCUCCAAUUUAAUUAAUAACUUUGGUCAGUUUUCUGGGUUGAAAGUUAAUAAAACCAAAUCUUCCAUCCUUUUCCUCAACAAGCAAGAGAGACUGAAUCCAGUUGUACAGCACAAGGUUUCACAUAUCUUGGUAUUAAAAUCACACCAGAAAUUAGCUCUUUGAGUUCUGCAAAUUAUUAAUUUAUGGUAACGAAUGUAACAGAAUCCAUCAACAGAUGGACAUCAUUGCCUAUAUCCAUAAUUGGUAGAAUAAAUAUCAUUAAGAUCAAUAUUCUGCCCAAAUUUCUUUAUCUCUUUCCACCACCUUUAUUUUCCUCAAAGAUCAGAAAGAUACUCUCAGAUUUUAUCUGGAGCAACAGAAAACCAAGGCUUAGACUUUCUCUUCUUUAUUUACCCUAUGACAGAGGGGGGUUACGUAUUACUGGGCUUCAAUGUUUUGGUUCUCCAAGAAACCAUCCUUACCCUGGCUGCAGACUGAAAUGCUGUCCACUAAAGGCUUAACUUUGGAUGGAUAUUUGUACUCAACUCCCUUUAAGAAACUAAAGAAGAAUACUACUAAUCCCUUUGUUAAAACCACCCUAACUGUAUGGCACGAAGUACAGCAAUAUCUGGGUGGAUCCCCUGUGUUAUCCAGUUUUACACCAAUUUGGGGCAAUUACAAUUUCACACCUGGUAACAAUGACUUGGAGUUUAAAGAAUGGGCAAGAAAAGGUAUUGUUAAAGUAAUAGACUUAUACCAUGAAAAAGGGCUCAUGUCGUUUGAAGAACUAAAGGGAAGAUUUAACUUACCACAAAAGCAUUUUUUCAAAUACUUUCAAUUGAGAAGCUUAAUUUUUUUCCAGUCUAAAACAAUCUGCCCUACAACCUCCUUUGACCACCUUAGAAAUGCUCUCUGUUAAUAUGUGUUAUGGGAGAGGUCAAAUUACAUCAUUAUAUGGGAAAAUGGUAGCUACUCAUGAAGACAACUCUGAGAGUAAGAGACUUCAGUGGAUACAAGAUAUGCAGGAAGAUAUUUCAGCAGAGGACUGGGGUAUGAUAUGCUCUAGAGAUCAGAUACAGACAAUAAACAGCCGUCUGAGAUUGAUGCAAUACAAUUGGAUAAUGAAAACAUAUAGCACUAGUCAAAAGUUUUAGAACACCUACUAAUUCAAGGGUUUUUCUUUAUUUUUACUAUUUUCUACAUUGUAGAAUAAUAGUGAAGACAUCAAAAACUAUGAAAUAACACAUAUGGAAUCAUGUAGUAACCAAAAAAGUGUUAAACAAAUCAAAAUAUAUUUUAUAUGUGAGUUUCUUCAUAUAGCCACCCCUUGCUUUGAUGACACUCUUGGCAUUCUCUCAACCAGCUUCACCUGGAAUGCUUUUUCAACAGUCUUGAAGGAGUUCCCACAUAUGCUGAGCACUUGUUGGCUGCUUUUCCUUCACUCUGCGGUCCGACUCAUCCCAAACCAUCUCAAUUUGUUUGAGGUCGGGGGAUUGUGGAGGCAAGGUGGAUAUAUGAAGAAUCUCAAAUAUAAAAUAUAUUUUGAUUUGUUUAACACUUUUUUACUUAGUACAUGAUUCCAUAUGUGUUAUUUCAUAGUUUUGAUGUCUUCACUAUUAUUCUACAAUGUAGAAAACAGUUAAAAUAAAGAAAAACUCUUGAAUGAGUAGGUGUUCUAAAACUUUUGACCGGUAGUGUACGUUUUUUCAACAAAAGGUUAUGGUCAAUAAUAUCAAAGGUUGCACUGAAAUCUAUCAGUACAGCACCCACAAUCUUCUUAUUAUCAAUUUCUUUCAACCAAUCAUCAGUCACUUGUGUCAGUGCAGUACAUGUUGAGCGCUCUUCUCUAUAAGCAUCCUGAAAGUCUGUUGUAAAUUUGUUUACAGAGAAAUAACAUUGUAUUUGGUCAAACACAAUGUUUUCCAACAGUUUGCUAAGCAGCAAGCUUAUACAGUGGCUUGCGAAAGUAUUCACCCCCAUUGGCAUUUUCCCUAUUUUGUUGCCUUACAACCUGGAAUUAAAAUGGAUUUUUUGGGGGUUUGUAUCAUUUGAUUUACACAACAUGCCUACCACUUUGAAGAUGAAAAAUAGUUUUUAUUGUGAAACAAACAAGAAAUAAGACAAAAAAACUAAACGUGCAUAACUAUUCACCCCCCCCCCCCCCCCCCCCCCCCCCAGUUUACCUGUUUGCUUAUGGCCCUGCCUACACCUGACUAGUUGUUGUUGUUUUUUUUCAAUUUUAUUUGGAAUGGCAAGCCAGACAAAAAUAAACAGGCCUAUUUAUAUAAUGAAUAUUAAUUUGGAGGGCAGAAAUUAUUAAAUAUUAAAGCAUUAGACCUCUCACUAAAGGCUUCAGUCAUACAUAAACUAUACUUAAAUCCGAACUGGUUCUCUAGCAGAUUAGUAAGAAUAGCUCACCUCGUGUUCAAGAAUGGCCUUUUCCCCUUUAUUCAGAUUACAACCUCUCACUUUCAGUUAUUUGAAAAUGAAAUAAUCUCCAAAAUAUUAAAUUUUUUGUAGUUGAAUCUGUGCUUGAAAUUCAAUACGUGACUGAGGGACCUUACAGAUGUUGUAUGUAUGGGGGACAGAGGAAGGGCUAGUCAUUCAAAAAUCAUGUCAACCCCUAUUAUCUAAUUUAUUAUGCUGUUUGUUAAGCAACAUUUUACUGAAUACUUAUGCAAUCACUAUAUUUUAGUGAUCUAAUUUUUAUUUAAAAAAAAAAAAACAUCUUCUACUAGCCUGUUGACAAAAAAGAUUAAUCAAUUUUAAUUCCACUUUGUAACACAAUAAAAUGUGAAGAAAUCCAAGGGGUCUGAAUACUAAUCCCCGAGCCGACUAGGUGAAAAAUCUGUUGAUGUGCCCUUAAGCAAGGCACCCUAAUUGCUCAUGUAAGUCGCUCUGGAUAAGAGCGUCUGCUAAAUGACUAAAAUGUAAAAUGUAAAAUGUACAAGACAGGUUGCGGGAGAAUGCUCACGAAUGGAUUUAGAAUUUGGGAAUAUUGAUAAGGGGCAGUUGGGACGUCAAGUGCGCAUCGUCUCAAUGCUCAUUUUGGCCAAAACACAUGCAGACUUGAGUGAUCACUGUCGAAUACAUCAGCAAGUGGCCACUCGAUAAAGGGUUUGGGGGCUAAGUGUUCGGUUUGAGAUUCAGCCAUGCUUUCAAAGGUGCUAUCCAACACCUGACACCAAUGUAGGGGUACCCUGACUGGGACUCAAACCCUGGUCCCUGUGACCGUUAUACCAAAAGGCGAAAAUGUUUUUGUGAGGUCGCUUGGUGUAAACGCAAGGUGUUGUACUGAGGUUGUUCAGUAUUUUGUACAAUGGGUUGAACUUUAUUUUAUUUUAUUUUUUUCGCUUGCUCAUCUCACUUAAAAAAAUAUUAAGUCUGUUAAACAGUUAAUAAAAUGUGUAUGGCCUUGUCCUCUUAUCCAAACAUUGAAAUAGAUGGGCACAGUGCGGCAGAAAGGCUAGCUGUAGCCAUAGAUAGCUGGCCUCUUUUAAAAACUCAGCAAAAAAAGAAACGUCCUCUCACUGUCAACUGCGUUUAUUUUAAGCAAACUUAACAUCUGUAAAUAUUUGUAUGAACAUAAGACUCAACAACUGAGACAUAAACUAAAGAAGUUCCACAGUGACUAACAGAAAUUGAAUAAUUUGUCCCUGAACAAAAGAGGGGUCAAAAUCAAAAGUAACAGUCAGUAUCUGGUGUGGCCACCAGCUGCAUUAAGUACUGCAGUGCAUCUCCUCCUCAUGGACUGCACCAGAUUUGCCAGUUCUUGCUGUGAGAUGUUACCCCACUCUUCCACCAAGGCACCUGCAAGUUCCCUGACAUUUCUGGGGGGAAUGGCUCUAGCCCUCACCCUCCGAUCCAACAGGUCCCAGAUGUGCUCAAUGGGAUUGAGAUCCAGACUCUUCGCUGGCCAUGGCAGAACACUGACAUUCCUGUCUUGCAGGAAAUCAUGCACAGAACGAGCAGUUUGGCUGGUGGCAUUGCCAUGCUGGAGGGUCAUGUCAGGAUGAGCCUGCAGGAAGGGUAACACAUGAGGGAGGAGGAUGUCUUCCCUGUAACGCACAGCGUUGAGAUUGCCUGCAAUGACAACAAGCUCAGUCCGAUGAUGCUGUGACACACAGCCCCAGACCCUGACGGACCCUCCACCUCCAAAUCGAUCCCACUCCAGAGUACAGGCCUCGGUGUAAAACGCGAAUCCGACCAUCACCCCUGGUGAGACAAAACCGCGACUCGUCAGUGAAGAGCUGUCUGGUCCUGUCUGGUCCAGCGACGAUGGGUUUGUGCCCAUAGGCGACGUUGUUGCCGGUGAUGUCUGGUGAGGACCUGCCUUACAACAGGCCUACAAUCCCUCAGUCCAGCCUCUCUCAGCCUAUUGCGGACAGUCUGAGCACUGAUGGCGGGAUUGUGCGUUCCUGGUGUAACUCGGGCAGUUGUUGUUGCCAUCCUGUACCUGUCCCGCAGGUGUGAUGUUCGGAUGUACCGAUCCUGUGCAGAUGUUGUUACAUGUGGUCUGCCACUGCGAGGACGAUCAGCUGUCCAUCCUGUCUCCCUGUACCGCUGUCUUAGGCGUCACACAGUACGGACAUUGCAAUUUAUUGCGCUGGCCACAUCUGCAGUCCUCAUGCCUCCUUGCAGCAUGCCUAAGGCACGUUCACGCAGAUGAGCUGGGACCCUGGGCAUCUUUCUUUUGGUGUUUUUCAGAGUCAGUAGAAAGGCCUAUUUAUUGUCCUAAGUUUUCAUAACUGUGACCUUAAUUGCCUACUGUCUAUAAGCUGUUAGUGUCUUAAUGACCGUUCCACAGGUGCAUGUUCAUCAAUUGUUUAUGGUUCAUUGAACAAGCAUGGGAAACAGUGUUUAAACCCUUUACAAUGAAGAUCUGUGAAGUUAUUUGGAUUUUUACGAAUUAUCUUUGAAAGACAGGGUCCUGAAAAAGGGACGUUUCUUUUUUUGCUGAGUUUAGAUAUAAAAUAAUACUCACUCGGAGACGUAGAACACUCACGACAACAGGUUAGGAUUUUCGACCAUGUUAUUGAUCACUGUAGGCGCACCCUAGCUCAAAAUGGGAAUAUCUCGACCGGUCUCCCAAAGCCAACUUAACUGUAAAAAAGCAAAAGCCAACUCUCCAGUCUUUGAUUCCCUCCUUCUCCUCCUCCUUUAGGUUCCUUUGCCAGUGGAGAAGAUCAACUCCACUGAACACCCAGUGAAGGUGGGCCUGUCUGACGCAUUCAUGGCCCUCCUCCCCUCUCCACAGUCCUCAGGUCAGUCACAACAAGAUUACACUCACUCCUGACAUCCAAUAUCCUUCCCUCUCUACUGUACCCAGACAGGUUUUAGAUCAGCAUCAUGUUAUUUGUGUGAAUGUCACAAGGUCAAGAAUACUCGCCCUACUUCUACUUGAUUUCCUUCCUAUAGAUGCAAGACGGCGGACCAUCUAUGAGUACCAUAGAGUAGAGAUUGACACCACUAAGAUCAUCAAUCACUCUGCCUUUGAGUUCACUCCACUGCCCAGUGAGUAUGCAUUGUUCUCAUAGACCCCUACUCAGCCAAACUUGUGACAUCAUGAUGGCAGUUUCACGCUUUCCCCCUACUGAAAACAAGCCUGUAAAAGUUGUAAUGGAUCAUUUGUCUGAUUUUCCCAGCAUGUCUCCAACACACCACCUGUGAACUCUGUCUCAUAUCCAACCAGACAAACGGCUGUGGUUGGUGCAACACACUGCAAAGGUGAGGUGUGUGUGAUUGUUGUGUGUGUGUGCUUGCGAGUGUGCGUGAUUGUGCGUGUGUAUGUAUACAUGUGAGUGUUUGACUUAAUGUCAUGUAUGAAGGACUAACGUGAGACGUAAAGAUUGUUUAUUAGCGUUGUAUUGUGUAUUAUAUUGCAUAAUUGUCCUCUCUCUCGGUCCUCUCCACAUGUGUUUCAGAUGCUCUGAUGGAAUUGAUCGUCACAGACAGGAGUGGCUCGACUACAACUGUCCAGAAGAGGUGAGAUGGCAUUAGAUCGUAGUGCCGAAAAAGCAGAAGAUGACGUUGCAACAAAUUACAUCUAACAACCGUUACUCGCCCACUCCCGCCAAUAUUAUUUUGUAACUUUCUUUCAGGCAAAAGAGGGCACCUGUGAGGACUACACCCAGGGAGGUCCUGAGGGCUCCAUGGGGCCCUUCAACCAAUCGACCCCAGAGCCCACGCCCUCCUCUGCAGUGCUCUCAGAUAUCCCCGUCACAGAGGGUGAGUCGGGGGCCGGAAGCACCACCCCUCUGCUGGGUCUGAGUUAUAGUGGUGCCCAGGGUUGCUGGCCACUCACAUACCAAAUCAGCACACCCCCAUUAUCUUAUUAAAGAUAGUAUGGUCCAGCCCAGAUAAAUGACCCAGUCCAAUGUCAACGUAGGAAAUCAAUGUUGCCAGGUUGAGACAUUUAACAAUUUCCAGAUUGAAAUGUUUUUCUCCAUAUGUUUAUAAUUAUAAGGAGACAUUUCAAGUUCUGCUAUGUAGCAGCAACCCAAAUCCACCCUCAAAUGAUGGAUAAAUAUAGUUAGAUGCUAAUCCAUGCUUUCUGUGCUUGCUUUCUGUUGUCCAAGUUCUGUCUGUCUGUUUGUUUGUCUGUCUGUCUGUGUCCGUCUGUCUCUUCCCAUCUUAUGUGUCUGUACAACAAUACUCUCUUUUUAUCCACAGAUGAUACCAAACUUCUCAUUCGUUACAAUGGUGGUGGUGAGUUGGCUUGUAAUUGGUUGGCUAUGUGGGUGUUUUGCAUAAGUCAGUGAGGCUGCCUGGUUGUGAGUAAUGUUAUCCUUAACCGGAGCCACUGACCUUAGACUUGACUGAGCCACUGAGAGGAUAAACUCAGUUAAACAUUUAGAAAAAAAUAUCCUGAAUGCAACUAUGAAUAAAAUAUACCUUUUGGUGCGCUACCUAUUAAAAGACAAUAUCCUGGCUGUUCCAAGCCUUUAUUAUCACCAACAUUUCCAGGCACAUUGGAAUGCUGCUAGAGUCUUGAGUUCAUAGUGUUGUACUGUAAGUCUUGUGUUGUUCUGUCUUUGUGAUGUGCUUUUGUCCUAUAACCGUCGCUAAUGCGCAAGUGAAGCUGGCCAACUGUCUAUACUAUAUGUAUCCUGUUUUGGGCACUAUGCCUUCUCCUUUAGCCAUUUUACCAAGCGUAGCAGGGUAGACUAGGGCUAAUUUAAUUUGACAUUAGCAAUUCUUAUUCACAAUCAUUCCAAUGAUUAGAAUAAUUAGCGUUACCUCGCUUUUCUUUUCUCUCAGACUUGCAAACAGGUCCUCCACACCAGGAACGGACAGAGCACACUGCGAUUAUUGCAGGUGUGGUGGCAGCCCUCAUUCUGCUGGUAGCCCUAACCCUUUUGGCUGUCUACUAUAUCAACACACACCCCACUGUUGCUCCUCCAUUCUACCUCAUGCAGGUGAGACUGAGAGCAGGCCCUUACAGAAUUAAAUAAAUUCCACUUGGAUGCUCUGUUCUUAUAUAGAAAUGUCUAGCACAGGGAUGCAUGACUCAAUUUAAGCUAUGAUCAACAGCAUGAAAAUAUAAAUUAAAUGCCACGGAGAAACGAUAGGUAGCAGGACUUCGGCCCUUGAGGGCCAGAUGUGCUGGGUCGUGUUCAGUAAGGCACACUGUUGCCUACCAUUUUGCACUGAAUCAAAAAUCUGUGUUUGUAUUGGACACAUUCAGUUAGUACCUCCCCGUUUCACUCUGUUUCAAAAUGGUUGUUCCCUACUGAACACAACCCUGGUCUAGGGCUGUACUGUACUCCUGGAUUUGACUAAUCCUGGUUGGUUAAAAUGUCUGUUGUUCACAGCGACACACCAAUAACUACUGGCCAUCUAUGAAGUUCCGCAACCAGAGCUGCCACUCCACCUAUGCUGAGGUGGAGCUGGGGGGUCACGAUAAGGAGGGUUUCAUUGAGGCCGAACAGUGCUGCUAAGUAGGCUGGACUUCCGUGGCAAAGUCGGACAAGGGAGUGGGCGCCAUUUUGGGGAUUAAAAAAGGAACUGCUUGUAGAGAACAGUACUUUGUCCGUUUUUUCUGUGUCUCUCGCUCAUCGCCUGUCCAACAUGCAGCAGCUUUCUAUGGCCCUGUUCGAAUACUCUGAUAAUACAUCCUUCCUCCUUCCUUGAGGUAAGCACAGAUCUAACAUUAUUUGAUAGGUGAGCAAGAAGUCCACUACAUUGAUUUCACCAAUCAUGUCAUAUCAGAUCAGCGAUAACUUCAAGGAAGAGAGGAAGGAGGACCUACAGUGCCUUCGGAAAGUAUUCAGACCCCUUGAGUUUUUCCACAUUUUGUUAUGUUACAGCCUUAUUCUAAAAUGCUUAAAAUUGUUUUUAUCCCUCAUCAAUCUACACAAAAUACCCCAUAAUGAC